AACAAACCGAUCAGCUAGCUAGCACUGUUUCUAAUAAACCUGGACUCUAUGCGAUAUUUAAUACAUUAACACCUCAACAGACAAUGUUACAGUUGUACGUGGAUGUCAGGUAGACGAAAUCAGGCUGUAGUAAAGUGAAAGUUCACAACGCAUUACCAUGUCAAGGAAGCAGUCAGGGAAGCCUGUACGUGGGAAUAAGAAAUGCGACCUGGAGAGAAAGAGGGAUGAACGGGCCGCACGCAGGGCUUUGGCGAAAGAUCGGAAAAAUAGGCCACCAGGAGAAGAUGAAGGAGAGGAAUUCUUCAGCUUCUCCAACCAGCUCAAAGCCCUCGGCCUCAAACUGAGGGAGGUUCCUGGAGAUGGAAACUGUUUGUUCCGAGCUCUUGGGGACCAGCUGGAAGGACACUCGCGAGGUCAUCUCCACCUACGCCAGGAAACUGUUCAGUAUAUGCUGUCCCACCAGCAGGACUUUGAGCCAUUUGUGGAGGAUGAUGUGCCAUUCACUAAGCACGUGUCAGACCUUACACAGCCAGGCACGUUUGCAGGCAAUGAUGCAAUAGUGGCCUUUGCUCGCAGCCAACAAGUGAAAGUGGUCAUCCAUCAGCUGAAUGCACCUCUGUGGGAGAUAAAUGGGUCUGAGAAGCCUUCAUGUCAGGAGCUUCAUAUAGCAUACCGCUAUGGGGACCACUACGACAGUGUUCGACAUAUUGCAGACAACUCUGAAAGCCCUGCCAGUCUCCGGAUUUCUAAUCUAAAUAAUUCAGGACGGUUUGGUGACGGUCAGAAGGACAAGCAGAGAGCCCCCUCCCCCUGCCUUUCUCCCUCUGAUGAGGAGGACGUGAUCCUGAAUUCCCUUAAGACCAACAUGAAUGUGUGUCAAUCAAGUGCCGCUUCAGAAAAGUGGCAUUCAGACUGGUUGGAGUCCGAGCUGAGAAAUCAAUCACAACAUGAGUCCGAUAAAGAAAAACAUACUCAGCCUCAAAGCACCCAAGCGGAAUGUAAGGAUAACAUACCACCUACAGAGAGCAGCAAUCCUGCCAAACCCAAGCUUUCAAAUAAACAACGGAAAGAGCAACAGCGUCUAGAAAAGAAGAAGAGGCAGGAAGAAAGACACAGACAGAAAGUUCUACAAAGCAAGGGUUCAAACGACCAGAAUCAGAAUCUUCCUGACCCCGUCACCCUUGUGCCAGCUCUCAACACUCUAAGUAUCUAAAACACUGCAAUGGUGAAAUCUGCUGCUUUUAAUCACCCAACUAGUGGAACAGUUCUAGACUGUAUUCUGAGGUGAUACUGGUAAAGUGCAUGGGAAUAUGUGUUCCUUCCUAAAUGCUGCCUAUUAAAUAACAUGGUAUUCUCUAUUUAGGGUAAACUUUAGCCUUUACUGGUAUUUGCUACUGGUGCAAAUUCCAUAGUAAAUUUUUUUGCAGUUCGCUCUCUUAUUGACAACCAAUUGUCACAAAUGGGGAAUAUUAUUAUGUUAAGGUUGAUGCUGGUUUCAUAUAAAAAGGUUUUGAUUAAUGAUUUGUAAGGAAUUCAUUUUUGCUUCUCAUAAAAGCUGUUAAUCAUGAUUGAAAUGUAUUGUCUUUGGUUUAAUUUUUUAAAUCUACCAAGAGAUGGUUUACUAUCAUUAUAUUUUUGCAAAGUGCAAUCUUAUAUUUGUAUCUUAACUAGCUUGGUUUGCUUUGGUAAUUUCUGAUAAAUAAUUGUUUAUUUAAUGCUGAAUGGUUUGAGAAAUUGUUCUAUACGUCUUAGGCAAAAGUUUGGACUCCCUUGGUGCAAUUCCAUAUUUUAUUGAUGUUCUUUGACUUUUGCAGUUAAUUCAUAGCUACUGUUUUGUUAAUACAAUUUAAAUAUUGGCAAAUAAUAAAACAUGAAAUUUUGUAUGUGCCAAAGUUAUGAAACGAUUAAACUUUUGUUGUUAUUUUUCCCAACACUUAUAAGACUUCUAAAAUUCAGCAAAUAAAAAGAAA